UGGCCCCAGGCAGCACACUUACCGGGUGGUGCGACCCCGCGACGAAAACUGCUGCGUGAACAUGCUUGCCGGUCUGCUUUUAUAUCCUACCGACCAGUCAGGCGCCGGGCCAGGUCACGCCCGCCCUGCGCGCGUCACGUCUCCCCUCUCCCUCCACAAACACACCUACUGCUCCGCCCACCGAGGGCCUCCGUGGGCCUUGGCUGGAGCCUUCAGCUGCCCAUCUCCAGGGCCCAGCCGAGGAUCUACUACACAUUUCCUGUCUGAGAGUAAAGAGUCUACCUACGCGACAAAACGGAAACUGCCUACAGAAAGAGCUGGUUUUCCUAAAGGCAUUUCAGAAAAGGAUUUCAGAAACAAGCAGUUGGGUGCUCAAACCGGCAAUCUGGACAGUUGGGAGGAAAUUGGAUCAGGAGUGAAAGGGAAGCACAGUCACAGAAGAACUCAAGCCCGUCUUGUCUUUGCUUCUCCAAGUUCUUCCUGCCAGCGUGCUAUGUCAGCCCCUUCUAGCUUCUGCUCUGCAAGUCACAAGCAAGAGAAAGCCUUUCUUGGACAAAGACACCAUUCUUCAAUAUUACCAGCCAACAGAACUUCCGGGCUGCCACAGUGGUUCUUGACCUCUCUAACACUGCCAUCCUUGCACGCAGUUCCUAAUGUUGUGGUGACAUCCAACCAUAAAAUUAUUUCUGUUGCUAUUUCACAACUGUAACUUUGCUACUGUUAUGAAUCAUAAUGUAAAUAUCUGUUUUCUGACGCUCUACAGUGACCCUUACAAAAAGAUCAUCGAUGCCUCAACAGGGGUUGAGACCCACAGGUUGAGAAUCGAAGCUUUCUUACCAACAGCUCUCCCAGCUUUGAACCCCCAGCACGGUAUACACAGCUUGGUAUCAUGUAUCAUAUCAUGUACCUGGGCACUAACCUUCCCACAUGCUGUAUGUGCAACAGAGUUAGCACCCGCAAAAAGGUACCCGCAGCACUUGUACCAAUGCUUGGUCUUGAACUCACCAGUGGUUUAGUGUAUCUUUUAUUAAUGGGUGAGUAAAUAAUACAGUAAUGAUCAAACUCAGAGCAGCUGCAAUAAUAAAUCUUUGUGCUAUAAACACAAUCGACUUGACAUUGUCCCAUCAAAGCCUGUAGUAUUAAUUCAGAAAGUAAUUUAGAAAAGGACAAUGUUUCUAACACAUUUUUCCUCAAUGCUGGGGGUACAAGGCUGAGCUUUAUACAGGCUAGACAACACUUGAACUAAGCCACACACCCUAGCCCUUAGUUUCUGACCAUUCCAUGUAGUUCAAGCUGGUCUUGAACUCUGCAUUCUGCCCCUUGGUAGACCUUCUGGAUUCCCAGAACACUGACAAAAACACCCAGAUUAACUUAAUUCCUUGUUUUCGAACAAAACAGAACUGGUGAGGGUGUCACCACAGAGAUCAUAAUCCCAGGGUAAGUGCUGAGAAAGGCAGUUCUUUAAACUGCCAGACCCAAAAAUCUUAGUUCCACAAACUCAAACUAACAAUGGGCUUGUUGGCUAAAAUGUGCAGUGUAUUUACAGCCAACUCAACAUUUUCCUCCUCAGAUUUUGCAGUAAGUACCACAGAAAUCCCUCUCUAAAACCUGAGGGACUAGCAAUAAAGCUAAAAUAAAACUCAAAACAUACCUGACAAAUUAUUUUGGAAGUUGUAAUUGUCCACGUAUUAAAAGACUCGGGGGGGGGGGGGGCCUGGGGAUUUAGCUCAGUGGUAGAGCGCUUACCUAGGAAGCGCAAGGCCCUGGGUUCGGUCCCCAGCUCCGAAAAAAAGAACCCAAAAAAAAAAAAAAGACUGUGCUAGAUUUACUGAUAAACAAGCAAAGCCCAUUUAACCGACUCACUCAACACUAAACCCAACUGCUAGGUAGGGCAGUCCAGGUAAUGCCAAAUGGGAAGGAUCACAAGCUCAGAAGCCCCAAGUGCAAUCCUGGUCCCCCAGAAAAACACCUGGAUUCUACCGCAAAUCAAGCCAAGCAAAGCCAGCCUCAACCUGGAGGAAGAGUCAUGAGCACCUGAUGCAUCGCUCAUGCUAGCUAAAAGCAGAGUAGAUACACAAUGAUUCCUUAGCGCACUUGCCUGUGAACCUGUGUAACUCAGGGAUUAUGUAGGACAGGCUAGGAUCUGGGGCAUACAGACGCUAAGCUUACAGUGGCGUCUGAAAUGUUAGCUUUAACAAUCACAGAAGGCAAGCUGAGGACAAAUGAUGGCUCUAAGGGACAAGCCUAGAAACAGAGUACUACUGGUGACACACCCAGAACAAAAUGCUCAAUUAGCAGCUAUUAUAGGCUUUACCGAGUUAAAUAUGAUACCUACAGUCACAGGCUUCCAAGCCCAAAAGUCUGAGUCUGGUUGCCUCUUAGCCUUUCGGCUAAGAUCUAAACCCUUCAGCUGCACCAGGUAUUCUGAGGGGCCACUUAAGGUUUACGUAGUACCAAGUAUUUUUUUUUCUUUUUCUUUUUUUCAGAGCUGGGGACCGAACCCAGGGCCUUGCGCUUGCUAGGCAAGCGCUCUACCUCUGAGCUAAAUCCCCAACCCCCCAAGUAUUUAUUUUAAGGUCUUGAGCUGAAAGGCACAGUGCUGUUGUCUCUGAGGAUACAAUGGUGAAUCUGCCACCUAGUGGCAUAAAUUUUUUAUGCCACUGGUUCAUAGACAGCAAUAGAUUUCUUAAAUAAGAGGCACAGGUAAAGAAAGGGUGGUUUACAGGCUCAGCGACUUGCUGUAAGUGCUGACCGGUGUGUAAACACUGUGUGAGCAAAGCACCAGAAAGCUAGCUGAGAGACACUCAAGUGGAGAAGGGGUGUGUGUCAGAAUAACUCUGGGUAGAGUUAUAGAAGACCCAUAUACAGGGCUGGAGAGAUGGCUCAGAGGUUAAGAACACUGAUUGCUCUAACAGAGGUCCUGAGUUCAAAUCCCAGCAACCACAUGGUAGCUCACAACCAUCCGAAACAGGGAUCUGGUGUGUCUGAAAACAGCUACAGUGUACUCAUAUAAAUAAAUAAAUAAAGAUAGAUAGAUAGAUAGAUAGAUCUUUAAAAAAAAAAAAAGACCCACAUACAGACCCCAGAGAUGCCAAGCAAUCUGUGCUGACUAAAUAGACUGGCCAUGAGAGUUAAGUCCUACAUACUUCUAAAACUAGAUACAAGAUGCUUUAAAAGGCAUCUUAGUUCAUCUGUAGUUUGAUGAUUUUUCCACUGUAGAAUUUAACUGUAGAGACAGACAUAAGUCAUCAUCAAACUUCAAUCAGGAAACUUUAAAUGUCUAGGCUAUUUUCCAAAAGACUCAAAGACCCAAGGGAGAAGGUAAAAAAGAACUAAAUGUAAGGACUGUUAACAGUGUCAGAGGCUACACAUUAUCUCACUCAUCAGAACAAAUCUGCAGGCUAGUACAUCUUCCAAAGAGCAAAUCGCCUGGGUGUGGUGGCAUGUACGUAUGUAAACCCAGCAAGGCCACCAGGAUUCCUGUCUCAAACAAGCAAACAAAUGAAACCAGGCUGGAGAGAUGGCUACGCGGUUAUCAAAGGGCCAGAGGUCAGUUCUUAGGACCCACAUCAAGUGGCUCACAGUGGCUUGUAAGGAGAUCUGACACUCUUUUUAAACAA